AUGACUAUUUUUAAAUUUCAGAUUCUUCUGGUUUUAUUUAUUACCUCUUUAAGUAGUGUUUUAACUUUGGAAGAAGCGUUUGCAUGGAAUUAUCUGCAUUUUCCAAAUGGUACUGUUCCUUCCGACUUUGUACCUAUAAUACCAUCUUCCUUUGAGGUAUACAAAAAAAGAAUAUUUGUAGCAAUACCAGUUGUUGGAGAAACUCCAGUAACUUUGGGAUAUGUCAAUUUUCCAGUAAAAAACAACACCAUUCAACCGUAUCCAGACGAAACCAGCCAAAAAAAUAUAACUUCUUCAAUUUACAUUAAAAAAGAUAAAUUUGACAGGCUAUGGGUGUUGGAUUGCGGUGCUGUUGACAUACUGGGUGACAAGAUCCAAAUUAACCCACCAAAACUUCUCACCUACAGUUUGACAACAAAUCAACUGAUUCGAACUUUCACCUUUCCGAAAAAUCAAUACACAAAUGACAGUUUAUUUGUUUAUUUAGCUGUAGAGACUGUUACUGAACAAGACACAUUCGUUUAUAUAGCUGAUAUUGCUAAUAACUUAUUGGUGUAUGACUGGAAGCAAAACACAUCCAAAGUGAUUUCCGAUGAAACAUUUAAACAUAAUCCAAAUCACGUAAACUUUGAAGGCAUUAACAAUAACUACAACUAUCCUCGUGGAUUAAGUUCCAUGAGCCUCACGGGCCUCGAUAAAAAUAAUUAUAGCACUCUUUACUACAAUCCGUUGGCAAGCGUAGAUCAAUUCGCAGUUAAUACUCGCUACUUAAGGGAUUCAAACUAUACAUCCAAUGCGUUUGUGAAAUUGGGGACCAGAUCGUCAAACAAGCAAAUUUCAACAUCUGCCUAUUACCCGGAAAAAGAUAUUUUGUUCUAUGGUUUGGCCCAUAAAGGAUUGGUUUAUUGCUGGAACAGUCACAAUAAUUAUGAAGAAAAAAAUUUGAUUGUUCUGUAUAAUGCGUCAGAACGUCUUCCUACAUUGGACGAUAUGAAAGUGGAUGGAAAUAAGCUGUGGCUGUUUUCUAAUCAAUUCACAUCAUCAAAAAGCGAACGGUUAUUUGUGAGAAAUGUUAACUUCAGGCUGAUGAUCGCCCAAAUAAGUGAUAAUAUAAAGAAAUGCGAAAGAAAAAUAGACCUUAUCACGCCUUCCGGAUGUACUAAAUGGUUCUUUCAAUAUUAUAUAUUAAUAUUCGCUGUGUUGAUAAAAUUGCUGUAAAUUAGUUGAUCCAUAAAAAAUAAAAGAAUGUUGUAAUUAAAUAAAUUUUUUUAAAGAA